AUUGAUGAACAUGGCGUUGAGUAAUCUCAGGAAGUAUGUUUGUAAAUUGGUCACAAUAAUAAUUAUUGUGGACCAGGGAGUGAUUUUUACCUAUAUAAAUACUAGAAAAUAAUGAUAAAUUAACAUAACCAAGUGACCAUAGCUGAAACAGAUCUUACAACCGAGAAAUAGACCCUUUUUGGACAGACAACAUAAAACAAAAAAAUGAAAUGCUUAUUUGUGUUCACAAUUUGUGCUCUGGUAGGUGCCAGCGUGAGAGCUCAUUUACACGGUGAUAGAAUUCGAAUGCAACAUCAACAAUUGGGUCCUUUUGGACAACCGUUUGGACCUCACCAUAAUAUGUUAGUUGGACACCAGCAGAUGAAUGAUCCAUUCUUUACAAACCCUGGCAUGUUGGGAGGUGGAAUUAUUACACAAGGAGGUUUUCCUAAUUUCGGUCAAUGGCCAAACACGUUCAACAACCAACACGCAUGGAAUAACGGCUUCCCAGGUGUUUCACCUUUGGAAAAUAAUGGUUUUAACAGCAAUGUUAUGUCAAGCACAGAUCCAUGGGAACAGUACAGACGGUUCAACACUGGUGUUCAUCAGAGUUUGUCCGGUGGUAGACUGGCACCGACAGGGAAUACAUUCUCCUCAACAAACCAGGUCAUACCUGGCACCGGCAGCAACUACCCAUGGAAUACAUUUGCAACGCAGAAUAUCUUCGGCACAAAUGUACCAUCUAUCCCUAACAACCAGGGAUUUGUUAAUCCUCAGUUUCAAUCAAAUGUUAACCAAUUCCAGAAUCAAGGUUUUCUUUCUCAAGGAUUUCCAAAUAACAAUCGGCUCCAGAACCAAGGAUUUUUGUCUCAAGGAUUUCCAAAUAAUAAUCAGUUCCAGAAUCAGGGUUCCCUUACUCAAGGACUUCCAAAUGGACUUCAACUAUCUAAUGGUGCCUUCAAAUAAACGUUUUAACUAAUUAUGUUUAACUAUAGCUGCACGAUUUUUAUCGUCAUGAAGUUUAUAUUAACAGACGAAAAUAGUAUUUUAUAGCGUAAUUUUGUGAGUGUUUUAAAAUGCCGAACGACAGAUUUUAUGUAUUUUUUCAACCUUUUAAUGUUACAUGCUACACUUUUAUAUCCGUUAUUUUCACUUCAUUUUAUGUUUCACUUGUUUAUUCUUUAUUUAUUAUUUUUGAUUAUUUAUACUCUUUGUUUUAUAAUAAAAUUUCAGUUUA